GGGCACUUGUAGAUACUCUUAUAUAAACCGAACAUCCAUUUGAACCGCUGGGCCGAGUAUGGCCGCUUUGCGUUGGUAUUUAUUUGGCGCAGUCGUUGGGGCCGUCAGCCAAGCGAAGGGAGCUACUGUCUGCGAUGACAACGAUUCAUGCGAGUCCAGCUCUUUGCUUCAAGCAAGUGGCCGGUCGAGACUGUUAUCGGCUGGAACCUGUUCUGUUGGUGGGCCAGCAAUAUGUCCUGGCUCUGGCACUCCAUGCGCAGGAAACCAGUGCUGUCCUCCUUCGAGUGGAAGUUCAUUUCCCUGUCCGUCAGCGGCGCCAGAUUUCCAUGAGUGCGGAUCGCCGGAUAAAGUCGAGAAUUGCCUGCCGGGUCCAGCACCAGCUCCACCUCCGCCACCUGCACCGCCAGCACCGCCAGCGCCGCCAGCGCCGCCAGUCAUAGACGCGUUGGUGAUGCACUUGGUCAAUCGAGAGUUUUCGGAUGGCGUAGUCUUUUGUCGUGGCCCGCCCAACGAUCUACGCGGCGUUUUCCUCGAUGCCCAGAGAACUGAAAGUGUGGUCGGGUCUCCGGUGGAUUGCUCCAAUGAAAACUCAGCUGCCGCACAGACAUGGGGAGCUGGUGUUCCAGACCUCACCACAUUGUGCAUUGGCCUCAAGAAAGGCGAGUCGAUCGAUCUUUACUUCCCACCUGCAUCUAACUGGCCAUCUGGUACUUGUUGGUAUCAAGAUGCCGCAUCCAACAAGGUUCAGUCGUUGUGCAAGGGUCCUAUGUACCAGAGCCAAGUGGAGUUUACCAUCACCACUGUGGUUUCAUGGGACCUGACCUCCGUCGAGGGUGUCUCCGGUGGCCUCACCAUGAACUACACGGAUCAGGAUGGAAAGAGUGAGAACGUGGUCGCGAUACCUCCGAAGUUCAAAGGCAACAAGCUCGUCAUCUCCAAGGCACCUGGAGCUGGCUUUCCCACGGUCCUGGCUGACAAGCAUCACUAUGGCACAUGUGACUGCCCAAGCUUCUCACCCUCCAGUGCAAGCUGCAACAACGACGCUUGCUUCACUGGCUGCCCUUCAUCCCUAGCAGACAAUGCUUGUGGUCAGCACAGGUGUCGUCAGUGGUAUGCCCAAAGCUAUUUGAGCGACGAGAGCUACUGCGGAUGGCUUUACGCAAAUCAAGCGCAGACGUAUUGCUGGGCCAUGGACGAGUGGCAGUGCACAGAUGGAUCCUGUGGCUAUGGUGGGAAGGAUCAACCAAAUCAAGAUUGUUCAGACGUGCUGUCUGAUCCCAACGUUGGCAGUCGUGCAAACGUAUACAGCUGUGGCCAGCAAAAGGAUCAAAAAGCUAGCCACGGGUAUUGGUGGGAGCAUGGAGUCGGCUGCAUUGACAAGAAGGUCAAUGGCGUACCAACGAAUCCAAUUGUGCCUCGGAGAGGCGGCCAGAUCAGAAUCAGCUUCGACAACUUGCCAUGGCUUCACAAAGCUGAAGCCUGAAAGACGUUUGAAACGAAAUUGAUUUUGACUUUGACGUAGAUCCAAAAUG